CAAUGCAGUGCAGAGGAACACAAGCUACCAAAAGCUUCCCGACACGGGAGUUCUUUUUUACCCCCAAAGAAUCCUAAACUUCAUCGUUUUUGUUUUAACAUCAUUACCUUAUUUACAUGGAGAGAGGAGAGGGAAGCAGGGGAGCUUCAUUGGUGGGCUUUUCUUGUUUUUGUAGAAUACAUGCAGGAAGACAGAAGCCAUCACACCAAAUACAGCACCCUCUUCCUCUUUCUUAACGCAUGGCAAUUGGGGUCAUCUCAAGAUAUCCUUCCCUUUCUGCUAACCGGAGAGAAGGUGAAAAAGUGAAGGCUGAAGAGUAGACCUCUCGUUUGAGGAUCAUGAAAUUCUAUAGUACUGUCAAGUCCUUUAAUAGAAGGAAAGGGGCGAUGCAAACCCAUCCUUCUUCGUUGAAUACUGAGUCAGUAGGCUUAUAUUGUUUAAAUAAAAAUCUCCAAUAUUCUGCUGUCCUGCCUGAUUGCGUACAACCAAAACCACCCAAUUCCCUCCCACAGGCAUCCUUGUUCCUAACACGGACAUUAAACGCGAGCCCUAUCUUGAAUGAUGCUGUUUCUUAUGGCUCCAUUGGUCAACCUCGCAAAGGCACCAUGUUCUCCGCCAGUUUACAACCAUCACCUUUGACAAUUGCUGAGAGUGAUCUCCAGCUUCCCACCUCACCUUUCCUUCAACGUCCUCUACCUGUCGAUCAUAUCACUCCCCCUUCAGACUCUUUAUUUCUUGGAGGACAAGAUGUAAUUACUGAGCCUGAAAACGAAAAUUUGAUGGGUGUCCUGGACGAGUGCUCUGGUGGGAGCUUUACUGGUUUGCACUGCACUAAGGAGAGUUUGACAUCCACUGAGAAGCUUGUACUUCAAUAUUUGUCCAAGGAGCUUGAAAUUCCCGUCGAUGACGUCUCCCAAAAUUCCAAUGAAGCACAGCGAGUUUCAUCGAUCCCUGUCACUGAGUUGAAUCAUAAUGCAAACUAUCGUUCGUCAGCUGCACAAAUGGAUGACAGCAUUAACCGACUUCCUGAAGCUGCAACUUCACAAAAGCAAAGAAUAAGAUGGACGACUGAGCUUCAUGACCUUUUUGUAGAUGCAGUUAAAUCCCUCGGAGGCCCUGAUGUUGCAACUCCAAAAAGUAUACUGGGUAUUAUGAAUGUUAAGGGCUUAAGUAUCUAUCAUGUCAAGAGCCAUUUGCAGAAAUACCGCCUUGCUAAAAAAUUUCCGGAGACAAAUCAUGACAAGAGCACUUCCACCGUGGUAGAGAAUAAAGCAGCUUCAUCGAACAGUAACAAUGAUGCACUUGUCAUUGAGUCCAAUAGAGACGUGCAAGUAACAGAGGCUUUGCGCACACAAAUUGAAAUUCAAAAGCUGCUGCAUGAGCAGCUUAAGGCACAGAAAGAGCUUCAGAUACGCAUUGAGCAGAAUGAAAAGUUCUUGAGGGAGUUAAUGGAACAGAAAGCGAUUUCGAUCUAUGAGCCAUCAUCAUUUGCUGUCCCUGUCUCAGAACCCAAACUGCUGCCUCACUCUCCAUCUGCUGAUGUUUCCUCACCAGGGCAAGCUGCAGUGAAUAGUGAUUGCUAUUUAUUCCAACCAUCCAAUCACAAAGACUCUGACACUGUGGAAUCUGAGAAGGCAAAAUGUCCUAAACGGGAUCGAGGACAAAAGGAACAUCCGAUCCUACACUAAACUAGUUGACAAUUGCAGAAAAUGAAAGUUCACUGGAAGCCAUGAUUCUGAGCAUUUGAUGAUUGAAAAGCCUUUUGUAUGAUUGCUGCACUCAAGUUCUCGUGUGUAAUGCGCGCCACUUGCAAUUAUAAGAAUAAUACUAUCGUGCGCAAAUUCCAUCCCAA